AUGAACAACAACUACUUUGCCGAGGAUUAUGUUCCGGGCACAACCAACAUUUUCACGUCAUCCGAUGAUGCCUCCAGCAGCCACUCGGGAAGACCAUUGAAGAAGAACCGAAAUGGCAUCAUCUUGCUUCCACAGCCCUCGGACUCCCCCAACGAUCCUCUUAAUUGGUCGGCGCCGCGCAAAAUGUGGCAUUUUUUUGUGGUUUCGUUCAUUACGGGGCUCACAGCGGCCAUUUCAAAUGAUGCUGGUGCGGCCCAGGACUCGUUGAAUGAGGCCUACGGCAUAUCUUAUGAUGCCAUGAACACCGGCGCCGGGGUAUUAUUUCUUUUUAUUGGGUGGUCUUGUAUUUUCUUUGCGCCUGCAUCUUCCUUGUAUGGUAGAAGAAUCACGUACAUCAUCUGCAUCUUGCUGGGAACCUUGGGCUCCGUGUGGUUUGCUUUGUCAAAACGCACGGCCGACACCAUCUGGUCCCAAGCAUUUGUUGGCAUGUCCGAGGCAUGCGCAGAGGCCCAGGUGCAACAGUCACUCGUGGACAUUUUCUUCCAGCACCAGCUCGGCUCGGUGUUGACUGUGUACAUCAUGGCCACGUCCAUCGGGUCGUUUCUCGGGCCUUUGAUUGCUCAUUUGAUCUCCGAGACCCUGGGAUUCAGGUGGGUCGGCUGGUGGGGUGCUAUUAUUUCGGGUGCCACGCUCAUUGUGGUGAUAUUCGCCUGUGAGGAGACUGUCUUUGACAGGGCCAAGUACUUCCCAGUGUACAGCUCUGGCGAGGCAAAAGAUUCCGCUUCCAACGCCCCUGACUCGUUUGAUGAUUUACCAGGCACGGUCUCAAAGGAUACCGAGAUGGCUGAGAAGAAGCUAGAAGACGGGACCGAGAAAACUGAGACUGUGGCGGUGGCCACGGAGAGACUCGGAACUAUGGCCCGGGGGCUUCUGGACAUUGAUUGCGAAAUCGGCCGGAUGAGAGAGAAGAACGAGACGCCCACGUCGUACCGACAAAGAAUGGCGUUGAUCACGCCGUCUUCCUACCUUGAGGGCUACGGAAUCCGCCAGUACGUGAAGCGGUUUAUCAUUUACUUCAAGGUAUUCACUUUACCUGCAGUGUGGCUCCUGGGAAUCCUCUGGGGCUUGCAAGACGCUUAUAUGUCGUUUUUCUUGACCACGCAGGACACGUUUUUCUACGAUGCCCCAUGGAACUACUCUGGAACGGGAGUCGCUGUGAUGAAUGUGGCAACAUUAGUUGGCGCGGUGAUUGGAUGCAUAAUGUCGGGAGUCUUGUCCGACAAACACGUGCUCUCGUUGGCCAAGCGUAACAACGGCUUGUACGAACCCGAGUACCGGCUCUGGCUUCUCUUCAUCACCAUGAUCAUCUCGCCUGUAGGGCUCUUUAUGUUCGGUGUGGGAGCGGCAAAAGGAGGCGAGUGGCCAGCAUGGGUUGUCUACGGCGGACUUGCAUUCAUUGGCUUUGGCUGGGGCUCCAUUGGAGACACGGCCAUGUCAUACCUCAUGGAUGCGUACCCAGAAAUUGUCAUCCAGGGUAUGGUUGGUGUUUCCAUCAUCAACAACACGUUAGCAUGCAUCUUCACCUUUGUGUGUUCAUUAUGGCUUGACAGCGCAGGCACUCAAAACACAUACAUCACUUUGGCUGUGAUUGACUUUGUCUCCAUUGCCUUCAUCGUGCCCACCUUGUAUUGGGGGAAGAGCUGGAGGAAGAAAACGAAGAACCUCUAUAUCGAGUUGGUGGAGCUCAGCAACGGAAUGGACUGA